AUUCGUUCUUUCGUUCCUUAAAAAUGUUGGUGAAGUGAACAUGGUGCAAUAGUUGUGUGAAUUAAAAAAUAGACUGAAAACACGGGAUACCAUUAAACUAAAUCCAUAAACAGAAACAUUAGAUCGAUAAAACAUGGAUGAAUACACAAGAGAACCUUGCCCGUGGCGUAUCCUUGACGACUCUGGUGGUGCGUUUAUCAUGGGUGCCAUUGGAGGUGGUAUUUUCCAUUCAAUAAAGGGAUUUAGAAAUGCGCCUAUAGGAUUCAAUAGAAAAAUGCUUGGCAGUUUAGCAGCAAUCAAAGAGAGAUCCCCCAUUGUAGCUGGUAAUUUUGCAGUUUGGGGAGGCAUGUUCUCCACAAUCGACUGUUCUCUAGUGUACCUGCGACAAAAGGAAGACCCAUGGAAUUCCAUCAUGAGCGGAGCUCUGACAGGAGGCAUUCUUGCUGCACGAAAUGGUGUCCCAGCAAUGGCAGGCAGUGCUCUAGUCGGAGGUAUCCUCCUCGCUCUGAUCGAAGGCAUCGGUAUCAUGUUCACUAGACUCACCGCCGAGCAGUUCCAUCCCCAGCAGCCCAUAUUUGAAGACCCUUCAGUGUUAGGACAGACACAGCCACAAGGGCAGUCUUUUCAAUAGUAGUUAAUUAACUAAGUUCAAAACUCAUGCAGUCUUAAGUUUUUUUGCUCAACUUAGUAACAAGUUCAGUAAGUUGAUUAACCAAUUCGUUCAAGAACGAAUGUAUUCAAUAUCCUCUGUUUUGUUCAUGUGAUACAUGUGAGAAACUAUUAAUAAAUCAUUAUUACUCAUUGUAAUCAUAUUUACAUUGUUAAUAUCAAUAUGUAAUUGUGUAGUUAAUGUUAGGCCCAUACUUAAGACUGUAUAGCCAAACCAUCUCAUAAUUUGUUAUGUAACUAGACAUUGUUUACCAUAUAUGGGUUUGAGUGAGUUAUUUGCAUCUGUGAUAUUCUCAGUUCUGUGCUGAUUGCUUAUAAUUUUGCUCCGAAAGUGUCACCAACAUUUUUGUUGUCUAUUUGAUCCAAAGGUCCAAGCAACUUGACUAUUAUUAUUGUUAAUUAAAUUAUAAUGUAAUUUUCAUACAAUAUUGUCUGUGUGAGUCACUUUUGACUGAUUAUUUGUUUCCCAUAAGGUCAAGAGUGGCACGUGCACUGAGCGUGGUGGCCGGAACGUGCUUAGUCUUUGGAAUUUGUUUAUCCCAUUUUCUGAGACUUACACUUUGAUGGCAUCAUGUUCUUUUUUGCACAUUAGUCUAUAU